UCGAGUGACAAUGCCACUUUUGGCAAUAUGGUAAAUCGCGUUUUCUUCUACAACAACUAUCUCAUCCUCGUCGAGUUAUCCUACUUCUAUCUGAGUUUGUGACAAAAAUAUCGUGCAAAAAACUUAUCAGUUAAAAUGGUGCAGUUCACAAGACGCCAGUGGCUUACUUUGAUAGUUAUCGGGAUCGCAGACUUUUGCAAUGCCAUUUGUGUCUCCCUACAAGCGCCCUUCUACCCAGCUGAGGCGGAACGAAAAGGCUGCUCAGCGACUGAAUACGGCCUAGUCUUCGGAAUUUUUGAGCUAAUUGUUUUCGUAAUUAGUCCAGUUUAUGGCCAACAUUUGAAUAAAAUCGGGCCUAAAGUAACGUUCAAUGGGGGCAUCUACACCACCGGAAUUUGCGCCAUUUUAUUCGGCCUUUUGGACAAAAUCGAGGGCCAUUAUCCGUUCAUUAUUUUGAGUUUUAUCAUUCGGAUUGUUGAAGCUAUGGGCAAUGCUGCAUUUCUCACAGCCAGUUUUGCCAUCAUUGCCAAAGAAUUUCCAGAUAAUGUUGCGACAACUUUUGCCUCUUUGGAAACGUUUUUCGGGCUUGGACUUAUCGUAGGUCCCACUGUAGGAGGGGCCCUUUAUCAAGUGGGGGGCUACACACUUCCGUUCGCUGUCAUGGGCUCUGCGCUCUUCAUGUCGGCUAUCUUAACUGCUUUUGUCUUACCAAAACACGAAGAUGGGACCGAUCGGGAUAAAGGACCCUCGAUGUUCAAAGCUGUGAAAAUACCAGGAGUGCUUUUGUCUUGUGGAAGUAUCAUUGUAACGAGCAUGUCGAUUGGAUUUCUACAAGCAACCCUCGAGCCGCAUUUGCGUCAAUUUUUCUUAUCCCCCGUUAUUUUGGGGUUGAUGUUUGUCAUAAAUGGGGGUACUUAUGCGGUCACAGCCCCCGGUUUUGGAAUGCUCUGUGAUAAAUUCUGCCCCCCGAAAGUGAUAACCGUUUUGGGGACUGUGCUAGUGGCUGCGGGAUUCACUCUUGUGGGACCAGCACCUUUUAUCCCCGUGCAAACGAUGUUGUGGAUUACUAUUUUGGGCUUGGUGUUACAUGGGUUGGGGAUUGCGGCCCAGUUGGUCGCCUCCUUCACAGACGCUCUCAGGACUAGUAUAGCCCAUGGUUUUCCGAAUAAUUUGGAAACGUUCGGUUUAAUCUCAGGCCUUUGGACCAGCACGUUUGCACUUGGGGCUUUCAUUGGGCCGUCGAUCAGUGGUAUACUUUACGACAACAUUGGAUUCAGGAAUGCUUCAAUGUUUAUCGUCGGCAUCCACCUUUUUAUCGGCUUCGCGGUUUCCCUCUACUUAAUCUUCACAAAGAGGCCACAGACUUAUGUUGAACUUAAAGAGGAGAAACUUGUGGCUAAUGGCGAUGUUGAUACGAGUUACACCAAGUCGCAGCAAGCCAGUGUUACCGAAAGUGUGAAAAGUAUCCGAUCGGUGGGUAAUGGAAUUUCAAUAGAAAAGAGUCGACCGCCAGCAAUGAACAGUCUGAUUGCGUGUAAUAGUUACAAGAGUCAAGCUUGGCCUAAAAGAGAUGCCAAUAGUUUGACUUUUGGGAGGUAUAGCUACAGUUAUGGUACCGUUGAUCAAAAUGGGGCAACUACGUCUUACCUGGCAGGGGUUGCUUAAAUGUUUGUGUUUUUAUCAUGUACUUUAGGACAAUAUAGUUAAAUGGUUUUAAUUUUUGUAAAUUUUAUAAAUACUGAACAUAAUUUAAUACAUUGUAAGAACCCAUUUGUAUAAUACAACAUAAGUUAUUGCAGAUUACGAAAUGUAUCAUUGUAUAGAAAUAAACAAUUUUAUUUUUUGCA